CCCUCUCGGAACGUGCGUUGAUUGGUCCGCUUCAGGGAAAGGGGCGGGAACCUCCUGGACGAAUCACGACGCGGCUUAUUGUCGCGUGAGGCCCGCGCGUGCGUUCCUUGGUGCGUGAGUUCUGCCAUAGUCCGCGUGCCGCCGUUCCCAUCCCAGGCGCACGCACAGUGACUCCCGUCAAAAAUGGAUUUCCAGCACCGGGCGGGCGGGAAGACCGGCGGAGGCGGCGUCGCCUCCUCCUCCGAGUCGAACCGCGACCGACGCGAGCGGCUGAAGCAGCUCGCACUGGAGACGAUUGACAUCAACAAGGACCCGUACUUCAUGAAAAAUCACCUGGGCUCAUACGAGUGCAAGCUGUGUUUGACGCUCCACAACAAUGAGGGAAGCUACUUGGCUCAUACCCAGGGCAAGAAACAUCAGGCUAAUCUAGCGAGGAGAGCAGCGAAGGAGGCGAAGGACGCUCCGGUGCAGCCGGCGCCCGAGAAGGUGAAAGUCGACGUCAAGAAGUUUGUCAAGAUCGGACGCCCUGGAUACAAAGUCACCAAGCAAAGAGACCCCGAAUCCAACCAGCAAUCGCUGCUCUUCCAGAUCGACUACCCGGAGAUCGUGGACGGCGUUGUGCCACGCCACCGUUUCAUGUCGGCCUACGAGCAGCGCGUCGAGCCGCCCGACCGCCGCUGGCAGUACUUGCUCUUCGCUGCCGAGCCUUACGAGACCAUUGCCUUCAAGGUGCCGAGUCGUGAGAUCGACAAGGGCGAGGGAAAGUUCUGGACGCAUUGGAACAAAGAGACCAAGCAGUUCUUCAUGCAGUUCCACUACAAGCUGGAAAAGCCGGUGCCCGUACAGCAGCCCCCACACCUGGCCCCCCCGCCCGUGAGACCCGGCCCACGUGGACCCCCGCCGCCUGGCAUGGCGCCUCCCAUGAACCACCCCGUGCACAUGCCCCCCAUGGGGAUGCCCAUGAACAUGAGUAUGGGCCCAAUGAUGGGGACGAUGGUGGGCCACAUGGGCAUGCCCCCUCCGGGCAUGGGGCCCCCGCCUCCACCCCCGCUCACCGGGCCCCUCCCUCCGCCGCCGCCGCCCCCCCCUGAUGUCCAACAGGCUGCCGCCCCCUCCCCCGCCCCCGUCGGGCAUCCCUCCGCCGCCCCCUCCCUCGGGGGGGCCGCCGCCGCCCCCGCUGCCGCCGCCGUCCACGGGCGGUCCUCCGCCGCCCCCGCCACCCGGGGGGAUGCCCCCUGGGCCACCCCCACCGGGACCCGUGCCUCCGCCGCCGCCGCCGCCCCCCAUGCUGAUCCGGCCGCCCCCGCCAGGUCCCCCUCACAUGCAGGGGGUCCCAAGACCCCAGGGUGUGCCACCUCCUCCGCCGCCGCCAUCGUCAAACUGAUGCCGGCGGUAGUGGGUGGGUUAUUUUUUUUUAUGUUAUUCCCCCCGGGGUCCGGGAGGUUUGUUACUCUCCGAGGUUGCUUUAGGGUUGUUAACCGCGCGGUCGUUCGGCACGAUCUCUGGAAACGAACGGAGGUUGCAGAGGCAGCUCUCCCCAGCACUUGGGAGAGAAAUGUCCGGACAUCGUGCUGAAUAACAUCUUAGCCCUGCAGCAGCCUACAACAUCCAUUUAAUACAUGGAAGUCCGCACAUUGAGGCGCUAUUUGGGCUCAAGCCUGCUUAGCAUCCACGAUUCUGGGUGAUUUGGUUCGAUGCAAAUGCUGUUUAAUCAGUCAUUAAAUGGCAGAAAAAUAAUUCACCAGAACGAGACAUGUGAUACAUGUACAUUCCCAUAUAAAAAUAUAGUGAAGACCUCAAGUUUGGCCUCAGACUAGCCUACCAGGUCCCACCAAGCAAGCCCCCGAGGAAAGGGUGCCUUAAUUAUUUCACUUAACACGGAAUGAUGUGACAGUACAUUGUUAAAACUGGUGGUUGUCUCAUUAAAAGGCCAAGCAUUAGUUUCUUGCACACAUGCUAACCAAAAGAGGUCAUCUGGAAUGUUUUAUGGCUUAUUUUUAUACUUACCCGACUGCCAACUGUUGUGGAAUCGGCCAUGAUCAACCCACUGCUGGAUGAAAGCCUCCCCAAGCCGCCACCAUCUCAUGAUCCUAUGAUCUAAUCCUAUAACACCUGUUUAAUGACAGUUUUAAGUCGUCGAAUUUGGUCCACAGACGCUUGUAUCAUAAACAAUUCACAGACUGUACUCGGAAAUCUCAAUAAAAGAUCUUUGUCUAAA